AUGAAGAGGCAGGCCGGGAGGGAGACGAGUCCGUCCAGGGCCGUCACCAAGCGGGUCCGGGAGCGGGAGCGGGACAGCGCCCGGAGAGAGGAGCUGCCGCCGCCGCCGCUGGCUCUGCUGCUGGCGGAGAGCCGCGGAUAUCACCGCCGGAGCCGGAGCAGGGAGCGAGAGAAGCCGCGGCUGAGGGAGGAGCGGGCGGCCGCCUUGGAGCUCCACCACCGACACGAGCUCAGCCUCCUCGGCCGCCCGCCGCUCCGGACCACGGCGGCGGAGCUCCCGGCCGCCCGGCCCGGCACGCUGGAGUACAAGACGCUGCUCAUCAGCAACCUGGGCUCGCAGGUGUCGGACGAGGACGUGGAGGACGCGCUGUUUCACGAGUUCAAAAAGUUCGGGGACGUCAGCGUGAAGCUGUCGCACACUCCGGAGCUCGGCCGGAUCGCCUACGUGAAUUUUCGGCACCCGGAGGACGCCAAGGAGGCCCGGCACGCCAAGUCCUCCCGGUUGGUGCUCGGCGACCGGCAGCUCAAGAUCGAGCCCAUGUACGUGAGGAGGCGGAGCGUCACCCCGCCGGACGUCGGCUAUCUGCCCCUGCACGCCCCGUACCCCUACCGGCAGCGCUCCCUGUCGCCGCCCGGGCCGGGGGUGAGCAACAUCAGGGACCUGCGGGCCCGGCACUACGCCCUGGAGACCCUGACCCUGAGCCGGGAGCGGGAGCGGCUGCUGGACUACUACGGCAUGCUGGACGAGCGGGGGCGGCCCUACGGCUUCCCCCCCAUGCCGGUGGUGGAGGACUUAAAGCCGGAGGACGACCAGCGGGCGACCAGCAACCUGUUCAUCGGCAAUCUGGACGGCAACGUGACGGAGGCCGAGCUGAGGAGGGGCUUCGACAAGUACGGCAUCAUCGAGGACGUGGUGAUCAAGCGGCCUGCUCGGGGCCAGGGGGGCGCCUAUGCGUUUGUCAAGUUUCAGAACCUGGACAUGGCCCACCGGGCCAAGGUGGCCAUGCAGGGCCGGCUGAUCGGCGGCAACCCCAUAAAGAUCGGCUAUGGGAAGGCCAACCCCACCACCCGGCUCUGGGUGGGAGGGCUCGGGCCCGGAAACUCUCUGGCCGCUCUGGCCCGAGAGUUCGACCGCUUCGGCAGCAUCAGGAACAUUGACUAUGUGAAGGGGGACAGCUUCGCCUACAUCCAGUACGAGAGUCUGGACGCCGCUCAGGCCGCCUGCACCCAGAUGAGGGGCUUCCCUCUGGGGGGCCCCGAGCGCCGGCUCAGGGUGGACUUCGCUAAGGUGGAGGAGAGCCCCUCUCGGCCCUUCCCUCCGGGGUACCAGCCUCCCGUCGCGCUGCCCUCCCACUACGACCUCCUGGGGGAGGCCUACAGCCGCCAUCGCAGCCUGGAGCGGGAGCUGCGGGGAACCAGGGACCGCUCCUCGCCGCCCUCCCACAGCCUCCUCACCCAGAGGGAGAGGGAGCGGGCCCUGCUGGAGAGAGACUUCGCCAGCAGCCCCACCCGCAGCCUGGAGAGGAGGGCCGGCGUGGAGGCGUUUGGGAGGAGCAGCCGGACGGCGAGGAGCCGCAGCCGGAGCAGGGAGCGGUGGCUGAAGGAGCGCGAGGAGCGGAGGAGCCGCAGGAGGAGCCGCAGCCGAAGUCUGUCCGCCGACCGCCAGACGGACGACCGGGAGAAGGAGCGGGGCAGGUCGCGGCUCCGGGGUCCAGGUGGAGCCGUUUCUCCGGACGCGAGUCCAGACCGGGCUCGCGUUCGGGCCCCCGACUCCACCACGGAGCCCCGGGACCACUCCCCCGACAGCGGCGGGGGGCGACACUCCGCCGCCAACGAAGACGACGCCCCGUCCGGCCGCCACCACAGCAAGAGGUCGUCCAGCGACCACCUCAACAACCACCACCACCGGGGCAGCGAGGUGGUGGCCGCCGGCUCUCCCGCCAUCCACACCGACACACACACCUCGUCGUCCCCGGGCUCGCUGUCCGAGUUCGCCCAGACGUCGCUGUCCAAGAUGUGGCACGGCUUCUUCGCACUGAAGAACAGCAGCUUCCCCACGGACCUGUACCUGCUGGAGGGCGGCUCCUCGUUCUUCAGCACCGUGAUGAAGGACAGCCUCCGUCAGCAGAACCAGAACCAGCCCAGCCAGCUGAAGAUCGCCCAGCGGCUGCGCAUGGACCAGACCCGGCUGGACGAGGUGUCGCGCCGCAUCAAACUGGGCCGCCCCGACGGCUUCGCCAUCCUGCUGGCGCUGCAGGGCCCCGUGGACCGGCAGGCCCCCGCCCCCGAGCCGGGCCUGCAGGUGCGCCUGCUCCGCCACCUGGUCACCUACCUGCGGAACAAAGAGGCGGCCGGGGUGGUGAGCCUCCCCGCCGCCAAGGAGGGCGGUCCGGGGGCGAUGCUGUACGCCUUCCCCCCCGGAGAGUUCUCCCAGCAGUACCUGCAGGCCGCCAAGAGGACUGUGGGCAACCUGGAGGAGGAGCACAUGGUGAUCGUGAUCGUUAAUGACACUAAUUGAUCCAAACACUGAAGUCCAGACACUCACACACACACUUCCAUGUUGUUCUGGACUACGGCACUACGGCCUCAGAGUUCUGAGGGUUCAGAGACACGGACAGACACUGAGGGGCAGGAGGACGAGCUGCUGCCCUCACAGGCAGCUCUCUGGGGGCUUUUCUACUACAGACUGUAACACUAAAGCUGACGGACUGUUUCUAUGCUUGUUUACUUUAUGUUCCUGAUGUGGGCUCCAGCGGCUCCAGUGGGACUGAUUGUACUGUACCGGGUCGACCUGAGCCGUCCCGCCGCUCUCUACUCUACACACUCAGUGUUUUUAAUUAAUUGAAGCAUUCCAGUCGUCUGUUCUGAGCGCUGAGUGUGUGUCUGUUCUGGUGUUGCAUGCUGGAAAAGAAAAAAAAAAAGUUCUAUUUUGUCCUUUUAGAAGAAGAAAAAAACCCACAAAUGUUCUGGAGAUGUUUGAGUCACGCUGGUGUGAAGUUUGAUCAUGUUCUGGUUUUAUAUUGUAAACAUUUAUACCUUUUAUUCACUUUUAAUACAUCAGUCCAUCCGUCUGUUUUCCACCUGAGCUGCUGCUGCUUCCUUCUUUGUUUUGUUUCCAUCAGCUUCACGCGUCACUUUAAUCCUGUUUGUCCGUUUAAACAAAUAAUAAGGCAGCUUUGAAGGAAAACGAAACAGUUCAGAUGUAAAAAUAUGAAACGCAGCAGAACAAGAACAAAGAAACUCGUAAAAUACGUGAUUUUAAUCCUGAAUUUGUCGAUAAAAUAAAAGUUUACAUUUGCUGAAAUAGAAAAACAAGGAAAAGAGACGAUUUCAGACAUGAGUAGGAUCAAAAAACUAUUAGAAUAACAGCUGAUAGUUUUUUAACUCUGGAGCUCAAACAGUUUCCUGAAAACAACCUGAAGUCCUCGACGGUGGAAACGCUGCCUGGACUUCAGCCCAAAAGUCUCAGAAGUUCUGCAGCGAGACUCUCGCUCAGAGUCGAGUCACGAGUUUCUGAUCAGACGUUUAGUUUUUUUUUCUGCGUCUGAUUCUUUUCUGUUUUUACGGUUUCUGGCUGUUUAAGUUGCAUCACUUUCGUUUUAAACACACUCGGGUCAAACCCGCCUUCAGAAGGUUAAAUCAUCUCCAGAAACGUUCGUCUGAAUUAAAUCCACCUCCAGCAGCAGAUAAACGUUUCCUCUGGAGCCUGAAGUGACUCGACUUUGUGCCAAAAACAAACUCCUGAGCUUCAGAUUGAAGCCGCUUUUCAGAUGAUAGAAGCUGAUUUAUUAAAUUGAAAAUCGUUCUGCAACACGUGAUCGUUUUCCUCGUCCAUAAAUCUAAAGAUCUGUUAUUGAUCAUUCUGUUGAUCUGUUGUUCUAGAGCCGACACGAUGCUGGUUAACGUCUCACCAGCACUGACAAACCUCCAGAAGCUUCAGCUUGAUAACGUCCUGAUCAUCGGUUUGACUGUUUCCUCCAGACACGAGUCUGAAUGUUCAGAUUCCAGCCUCAUAACCGUGAAUAUUUCUGGUCUUUGCUGUCGGUAAACUGAUUAAAUUGUGGACAUUUUUCAUCUUUUUCUAACAUUUUACAGACAAAACAAGGAAUUAAUUAAGAAACUAAUCGACAGUGAGGUUCAUCACAGCUCUGCUACGAUGGAGACGAGUUUCUAAAAUGUUCAGAUGAGAGAAUCCAGCAGCUUUAAAGGCUCAAACGAUAAACCAACAUGUUGGAGAUUCAUGUAGUUUGUUCAUAACUGAAACGAGUCCAUUUGACUGUCAGCAACAUCUAUUGUUUUCCAGGAACCUCGUAAAAGUCAGUCGGAGGGAAAAGUGUGUUUGAACAGCUUCAGGUUUGAUCAGAGUUUCUGCAAAACCGAGGACGAAAUCUGUCUUCAGUAGGAGAGAAGAGACGACGAUAAACGGUUCAGGUCUGAGUGAAGAUGUGCAGCUAGAAACCAUCGAUUAAUCCAAAAGAUCAGAUAUUUAGCAGCCGACUGCCCAAAACUUCUAAAAAAUCUGAAUAAUUAACUCAACAUCCAAACAGCUGCUGAUUAUUUCCCUGUUUCAGUCGAUUAAACGAUGAUUUUCAGCCCAAAACGAGACGAUUUCUCCUCGUUUCUGAACCUCGACGUGCUUCAAACAGACAAACUCCAGAAGACGACGAGUUCUUCAUCAUUCAGGUUGUUUUUUUUUUUUUCACCUGUAAUGAAAAGUUGAUUUUUCUCCAUUUCAUGCUGCGUCUUGUUCCCACUCAUGGAAACGCUUCUUCCUGCACUUCUCAUGAAAACCAGUCAAAUAAUCUCACAUCAGGUCGUUUUUUUUUACACAUUUAAAGAUAAAAACAAAACAGAAAUGUCUGUAAAGUCAAACUGAAGACAUGAAAUCGGCAGAUUUUUACCUCAUCACUCGAACAUUUGAUCUGAAAUGUUUUGACAUGACAACACUCAUGGUUUUGCCUUUUUUUUUUUAUUCCUCUCUCCUGUCCAACGUCGGCGGCGGCGGGAACAUUUCAACCUGUUUACAUGUAAAUUAACUGUUUUUGUUUUGUUUGUUUUCUAAAGUUGCUCCGGAGAGAGAAACGCAUGUCUGAACGUCCGCCGCCACGUCAGCCGCCUCCAACGGGUUCUGGACGAUAAUCUGUUGGAGAAAAAAAAAACUAAUAAAAAAAAAGGUUCUGUUUGUGAAUAAACGUCUGAAGUCGUGUUGACGUCACGCAGACGACAAUCUCUGGUUCUGGUUCUGUGUCCACAUAUAAACAUGUAUUCUGUAUUGGAAAAAAAAAAAAGUUUAAUAAACAUUUUAUGCUCUUUCUAA